GCACCGCUGUGCAGAUCCGCGACGCCGGCACGUACAUGAUUGGACACCCGGGGCAGGUGCCCGCUAAUUUGGCCGUGGGCGAUCCCCGUCAAUGUGGGCAUCCCUUUCCCGGGUGCGCCGCACGCGUUUGGGCCCCGUGCGUUUUUGGGGCCGCCCGGGUUUCUUCUGCCGGCGGCCGAGCGCGAGGCCGUACAGGGAACAGGCAGGCAGCGCAGCGAGCCCCAGUGGGCGAAGUUUCCGGCGGUUAUUGCGCCGGCCUGCAGUUUGUUACCGUUGUGGGGCGUGCCGUGAAGUCGCCCUGCCGCCGGCCCGGGUUCAUCGUUCGGGAGUACGCGCGCCAGGCUGUGGAGAUUUGGACUCCGGUGGGGGUGUUCUUUAUUGGCGCGGCUGUGGAAGUUCCCGGGAGCAACUGCCAGCAGCUGCCGAGUGUUGUGCCGAUUUAAGAAGGCGAAGCAAAGACCUGCGGGCGAAGAUCUCCCGGCUUGCUUCGGAGGGUAACAGGGCGCAGGGGCAUAGCGGCCCCGAAGGGUGCGCCCAAACUUGUCCGCCCCCCUUCCCCGCCUGUGUCAUGGGGGUGAAGGAGCGAGGAUGCGCGUUGGCCGCUCAGAGCCCUCGCACGCAGGCAAGCGAGUGCGCCCAGGUUCACAUGGGCCAGAACCUGGAGCAUGUCGCCUCGUCCCAGGCGCGCCGCACUGCGGAAGCGCAAGCUGAUACAGCGGGCGCUUUGCAGAUGUUGGGCCCCUGGCGUUGGGCCUGUUAGUUUGCCCACCUCUGUCCGUAGCGCGCGGGCCCUGCGGGCGCUUUGGGCCGGGAGGCUUCGGGCGAUCGAACGAAGGCGAGGGCCCCGGGGAUCCUUCCGCGGCCGGGGCGUGAACAACUACCCGGCCCGCAAUUUGUCUCACCCGACAAAGCGGAAGCCGGGAACGGAACCCGACCGGGCGACGGUUUCCCCCUGCAGAAGCGCAGCACAGCUCGCGGGGUGGCGCAAUUCGCGACAUUUAUCGCAGCAAGCGCGCUCCGUAGCGGCCCGCUAUCUAGACAGCCCGCGGGCCCGCGUGCCGCUUACUUUGUGGCCGCCCUUGUUUCCUUCUUCCGGGGCCUUCCUCACUCUGCCGCCCGCCCGGCCUAUCGGGAGAGGAAGGGGGCCCGGCCGGCCGCCGAUUCAAAGGGGCCGGCCCUGGUGCCGGGCGACUUCCACCAGGUCAACAAGACCCAGGAGGGCCCCCGGGUGGCGCCCAAGUUUUUCAACUUACAGCAAAAACUCAAGAAGUCGAACCACCAAUGCUCCCGCCUCUCCCUGUGGAAAAGGUCGCGCAGCGGCUGCACGGAGUUCCUACGCCGCAAAACUUUGUGGGGCCCGCGCAGCGUGCGCGCCAGGUUGCGGCGCGGCUGCUACGUUGUGGGGCGCCCGCCUCGCCUGUGUCUGGCCUGCCAAUUCAGACGCGCGCGCGCCCGCUGGAUUGGCGGAAAUUACCCCGGCUGCGCCCCCCGGGCCCCUGUCUGCUUCCGCCGGGUGCUGUGUUCCAGGCAGUGGGCGGCGCCCGGGGGAGACCGGGCAGCGGGCUUGUUCUUUUGCUAUGAAGGGGGGGGAGCGAGUGCCCGCCGUGUUUCGCGCAUUCUUUCCGGACGCCAUCCGAACGCCACGCGUCGGCAGGCCGCCCGCCUGCCUCGCCAGGUGAGCGGCGAGGGCUGGAGGGGACGGAGGGCGCGCUGUGAUUUCUGUUGGCCCGGCCGCAACGUGCCACGUCGGUCGGUGUCUGUCCCGCUCGGUGCCGGCCAUUUCUGCGGCCGCUUCGCUUCGUCAGCGUGCUGGCUACUGCGCUCGCGCUCGGCCCUAAUCUACUCUUACUACAAACUUUACCACACUAGGUGAU